CGACAGUGCAAAGCUAGAGCUCGAGCUCUCUGGAACGCCUGGCAUGACCAAGCUCCAGUCACCUAAACAUCACAACUCCCAUAUGCGACCGCAUUGCCGUCGAGUGCCACAUCCUGCUUUAAGCUCCCUGACUGGUGAUAAGGAUGCUGUUGUUUCAGUUCAAGGUGCCCUUCCUCAAUUUCGAAACACAUGAUGGGCACCAGGAAAUGGCUCAGGCCUUGGAGAAUCGAUCAACGGAAGGAGUCAAGCCCUUCGGUUAUGGUCGCUCAAUGAUGGCCCCAGGGUUCCAAGCAAUGGUUGAAAAUCAGGACGUUCCACUCAGGAGCGAUCAGUCGAGUUCAGCGAGCCAAGCUCGCCGGCAAGUAUCCAAUGAUACGGAUGGCUCCAUUCUUACUUCGCCUACUCGCACAGCGAGGAGGAAGACCAGAACACGCGUAGAUGCAGCUGUCAGGCGGCUAGGAACUCGCCUCCAGAAUUGGCAUGCGAGAAGGCCAGCCUUACCUGAGGAACCAGCAACCGAAGUUGACUUGGAACGUCAAUCACCAAACCUCGGACAGAGCAACAUUAGCAGUCCUGAUGAUGAAGGGGUUCGACUGGAAACACUGAGGAUUACCGCUCCCAUUGCGGCAAAUGAACAAGAAUUACCUGUAUUAAGAGAUUCGAGCGGAAACGAUCACGGUAGCUUCAGAGGCACGCAAUCCCAGCGGGAGGAGCCAGUCAGCCAGGCAGACCCCGAGGUAGCCUUUUCUGAAGUAGUGGCGACGAGCAACAACAAUGACUUAAGCUCAGAGACCAGUAGAGUGUUCGUUGGCAGGUCAGCAGAACAGUAUGGGGAAUGGAACACCUCUCAGCAGCAGCAACCAUUGUUGCAGCCAGGGACAUUCCAUGAAGCUGGCAUAUCUGAGCAGCAACGUCAGAGUGCUCCAAGACUGGCACAAAGACGAAAAAAGGAAUUAUACAGUCCCCCACCAGGUAACCUACACGAACAACUCAUCCGAGGCUAUUUCAGUUCCACGACGCAAGGUUUUCAACCACGACGAACCCUGGACCAGUACAUCUACUCGCAUACCGAGUCUACCCCCUACCGCGAUAACGACCAGGUUAUUUACCGCUACACCAGGAGUCACUCGUUCCCCGAACCUCUGAUCCUGAUGGUGGACCAGCUCUGGCUCUGGAUCCUUGGAGACGAGACAGUGAUAUCCUGUUGCCCCCUUCGAUGGAACUCCUGGGUGGCCAGAGACUCCCAAAACCAAACUGAUAUAACUACGCAACCCUCAAAACCGCCGCCGUUCAUUCGUUGGUUUGCCGGUUGGAGACAACAGAUUCCUGCAUACGAGAGACGACCUAGAGGCCCCAAUCUCAUGGAAAGCACCAAGACGCAUGACAUGUGGCCGGAAAUUGACCCGGAAGCCCCUUUGACAGUGCCAUACUUGGUCAUACAGCAUCUUUCAAAACAAGGGCGGGAGGCCAUCGGGUCUGUCAAUGACUUAGCAAGUCUCAUCACAACACAUUGCGUGGAAUUGCUAAAUCCUCACCACGUGGCCGAUGAGCAUCUCUUUUUUGAAUUCUUCGAUCGUUCAAUUGUCCAAGCGAGUGACAACGUGACGAGCGCAUGGAGAAUAUUUAAGGAUGCAGUCAGAAUGGGGAGUCAUGAUGUCAUAGAAAUCACUGAAGAGACAGAGUUGAUGAUUGAAGUUGAUGACAUUCUGGACGAGUUACAUACGAUGAAGCUAGUCCUGACAAAACAAAGGACGAUCAUUCGAGGUCUGAACACAUGUCUCAGCGCGAUUGCGAAUGAAAACCCACAGAAACUCUGGAUCAAAACAAGAGUCCUAGAUGAUCACCUACUACACAUUGAUCAGAUGGAAGAGGCUGCCAAAAAAGCGGAAACGUCUCUGUUCCGUCUAAUGGACCUCAAACAGAAACGGGGUAGCCUUAGCGAAGCUUAUUAUGCUCGCGAAUCCGCAAGGGAUACGGCCAAACAAGGCAAAACUGUCAUUGUCUUUACAGUGGUGACAAUUCUCUUCCUGCCGGUAUCUUUUAUUGCCGCCAUGUUCGCAAUCAACACCAAUGGCUACCCUCUUGACGAAAACGACAGAAUCCCCUUCGAUUACCUCGUGAAGCAUAUCAUGACCAUUGGUCUCGGGCUCUCUAUUCCACUCAUCAUCAUUGCUUUUAAUGUUGAUCGAAUAGCUAGAUGGUUUGGAAUGUUUCGCCCAUCCCAGACCAAUCUUUGGCAGUGGGGAGUGGCCUUUACCGCAUGCAUCGGUCUUUUCUUAGCUCUUCUCGGACCAAUCUGGGCCUCACAACUAUCAUCCGGCAUCAAAGUGGCGAUAUCAAUCGUUGUCACCAUGGCAUCUAUUGCCUCGGGUUGUGGUUAUAUAGCAUUCCACAUACAUGAAGCCCAGACGUCUCCAGGGUUCCAAAGAAAGAUACCAGAAGGUACGUGGUACUGAGGUACUUAGGGGCGAGGAAGGUCGAUGAAGCGUUGGGAACACGGGAGGAUAAGAAAGCUAUAUCCCGCGAGAAUGAACCUGAGAUCGGAGCUUGGCUAAUUGGAUAGCUAUGUUCCUGUCCCUGAUGAUUCUGGAUACUACUACUACUACUACUACUAGAGGAUUAACCCGAUGUUAAGCCAAGAGGGGUAUUUCAAGGGUUAUUCGUAGUAAACUAC